AUGGCGACUCUCCUCUCAUUCACUUGCAUCUCCAUUGUGCUUACAGGUUCCGACUGCUGUAUAAGCUUCAUUACAACAAAAUGGCCUGCUGUGGAAGCAAGACUGUUUGCUCCUGCAACCCUCCCAGCUGUCCCAAGUGUGGCUGCUCCUCGUGCAUCUGUAAGGCUCCCAGCUGUCCCGAGUGUGGCUGCACCCCCUGCUCCUGCAAACCUCCCUGUUGUCCCAAGUGCGGCUGCUCCCCAUGCAUCUGUAAGCCUCCCAGCUGUCCCAGGUGUAGCUGCACCCCCUGCUCCUGCAAGCCUCCCUGCUGUCCCAAGUGUGGCUGCUCCCCAUGCAUCUGUAAGCCUCCCAGCUGUCCCAAGUGUGGCUGCUCCCCAUGCAUCUGUAAGCCUCCCAGCUGUCCCAAGUGUGGCUGCUCCCCGUGCAUCUGUAAGCCUCCCUGCUGUCCCAAGUGUGGCUGCACCCCGUGCAUCUGUAAGCCUCCCAGCUGUCCCAAGUGUGGUUGCUCCCCAUGCAUCUGUAAGCCUCCCAGCUGUCCCAAGUGUGGCUGCUCCCCAUGCAUCUGUAAGCCUCCCAGCUGUCCCAAGUGUGGCUGCUCCCCAUGCAUCUGUAAGCCUCCCAGCUGUCCCAAGUGUGGCUGCUCCCCAUGCAUCUGUAAGCCUCCCUGCUGUCCCAAGUGUGGCUGCUCCCCGUGCAUCUGUAAGCCUCCCUGCUGUCCCAAGUGCGGCUGCUCCCCAUGCAUCUGUAAGCCUCCCUGCUGUCCCAAGUGUGGCUGCUCCCCAUGCAUCUGUAAGGCUCCCAGCUGUCCCAAGUGCGGCUGCUCCCCGUGCAUCUGUAAGCCUCCCUGCUGUCCCAAGUGCGGCUGCUCCCCAUGCAUCUGUAAGCCUCCCUGCUGUCCCAAGUGUGGCUGCUCCCCAUGCAUCUGUAAGGCUCCCAGCUGUCCCAAGUGCGGCUGCUCCCCAUGCAUCUGUAAGGCUCCCAGCUGUCCCAAGUGUGGCUGCUCCCCGUGCAUCUGUAAGCCUCCCAGCUGUCCCAAGUGCGGCUGCUCCCCAUGCAUCUGUAAGCCUCCCUGCUGUCCCGAGUGUGGCUGCUCCCCGUGCAUCUGUAAGCCUCCCUGCUGUCCCAAGUGCGGCUGCUCCCCAUGCAUCUGUAAGGCUCCCAGCUGUCCCAAGUGUGGCUGCUCCCCUUGCAUCUGUAAGGCUCCCAGCUGUCCCAAGUGCGGCUGCUCCCCAUGCAUCUGUAAGCCUCCCUGCUGUCCCAAGUGCGGCUGCUCCCCAUGCAUCUGUAAGCCUCCCUGCUGUCCCGAGUGUGGCUGCUCCCCGUGCAUCUGUAAGCCUCCCUGCUGUCCCAAGUGCGGCUGCUCCCCAUGCAUCUGUAAGCCUCCCUGCUGUCCCAAGUGCGGCUGCUCCCCAUGCAUCUGUAAGCCUCCCUGCUGUCCCGAGUGUGGCUGCUCCCCGUGCAUCUGUAAGCCUCCCUGCUGUCCCAAGUGUGGCUGCUCCCCAUGCAUCUGUAAGCCUCCCUGCUGUCCCGAGUGUGGCUGCUCCCCGUGCAUCUGUAAGCCUCCCUGCUGUCCCAAGUGCGGCUGCUCCCCAUGCAUCUGUAAGGCUCCCAGCUGUCCCAACUGCGGCUGCUCCCCUUGCAUCUGUAAGGCUCCCAGCUGUCCCAAGUGUGGCUGCUCCCCAUGCAUCUGUAAGGCUCCCUGCUGUCCCAAGUGUGGCUGCUCCCCCUGCUGCUGCAAGCCUCCCUGCUGUCCCAAGUGUGGCUGCUCCCCAUGCAUCUGUAAGGCUCCCUGCUGUCCCAAGUGUGGCUGCUCCCCAUGCAUCUGUAAGCCUCCCAGCUGUCCCAAGUGUGGCUGCUCCCCCUGGUGCUGCAAGCCUCCCAGCUGUCCCAAGUGUGGCUGCUCCCCCUGCUGCUGCAAGCCUCCCAGCUGUCCCAAGUGCGGCUGCUCCCCCUGCUGCUGCAAGCCUCCCAGCUGUCCCAAGUGCGGCUGCUCCCCAUGCAUCUGUAAGCCUCCCAGCUGUCCCAAGUGUGGCUGCUCCCCUUGCAUCUGUAAGCCUCCCUGCUGUCCCAAGUGUGGCUGCUCCCCAUGCAUCUGUAAGCCUCCCUGCUGUCCCAAGUGUGGCUGCUCCCCCUGCUGCUGCAAGCCUCCCAGCUGUCCCAGGUGUAGCUGCACCCCCUGCUCCUGCAAGCCUUCCAGCUGUCCCAAGUGUGGCUGCUCCCCAUGCAUCUGUAAGCCUCCCAGCUGUCCCAAGUGUGGCUGCUCCCCAUGCAUCUGUAAGCCUCCCUGCUGUCCCAAGUGUGGCUGCUCCCACUGCUGCUGCAAGCCUCCCAGCUGUCCCAGGUGUAGCUGCACCCCCUGCUCCUGCAAGCCUUCCAGCUGUCCCAAGUGUGGCUGCUCCCCAUGCAUCUGUAAGCCUCCCAGCUGUCCCAAGUGUGGCUGCUACCCAUGCAUCUGUAAGCCUCCCUGCUGUCCCAAGUGUGGCUGCUCCCACUGCUGCUGCAAGCCUCCCUACUGUCCCAAGUGUGGCUGCUCCCACUGCUGCUGCAAGCCUCCCUACUGUCCCAAGUGUGGCUGCUCCCAUUGCUGCUGCAAGCCUCCCUACUGUCCCAAGUGUGGCUGCUCCCACUGCUGCUGCAAGCCUCCCAGCUGUCCCAAGUGUGGCUGCUCCCCAUGCAUCUGUAAGCCUCCCUGCUGUCCCAAGUGUGGCUGCUCCCACUGCUGCUGCAAGCCUCCCUACUGUCCCAAGUGUGGCUGCUCCCACUGCUGCUGCAAGCCUCCCUGCUGUCCCAAGUGUGGCUGCUCCCACUGCUGCUGCAAGCCUCCCUGCUGUCCCAAGUGUGGCUGCUCCCACUGCUGCUGCAAGCCUUCCUGCUGUCCCAAGUGUGGCUGCUCCCCCUGCUGCUGCAAGCCUCCCUACUGUCCCAAGUGUGGCUGCUCCCACUGCUGCUGCAAGCCUCCCUGCUGUCCCAAGUGUGGCUGCUCCCCCUGCAGCUGUGGUCAGUCCUUCUGUGGCUCCAAGCCCUACUGCUCUUCUACUUGCAGUUUUUACCAGUCCAAGUCCUAAACUCAUUAGAAAUUGCUAAAGGGGCUCCAGAUGUAAAUAUUGAUAUGCCAAUCCAGCCCCCAAAGCAAAAUCCAGUUUGCUGGUUGCCACCUCAACACCCGGAAUAUCAAUAUUGACGUGGCCACACACACAUAUAUUUAAACACCUUCUCUUUGCUUUCUUGGGCUGAUCUUGUUGCAUUAGAUGCCACUUCUUCCUGCCUCCUUCAUGAAAUUGAAGUUUCUUCUUUCAUCAUUCUUGACAAUCCCACUGAAGGAAUCCUGCCUUUUUCAUGGGAUUAAUUGUACUCGUUUUCCUUUUGGUGUUCCUGCUUCCUAGCUGUUUAAUAACCCUCCCAAUUAAAUUCUGGAAAUAUGGC